UAAAGGAAGGACUGGGAAAAGUCGCAGUCAUAAAUCUCAUGCAAGUAUUGCAUUUACGGUUUUACCUCUCGGCCAACAGUACCCCCUGGGCUCGCUAUGUGUACCACAAACGCUUUGCACCGAAUGCACUUUGUGUCUCUUGUCUCCUAUGCAUAACGCCUUUGUGACUGCUUCCCGGGUGUCUGACGUCUACUCGUGUUAGCAGUUUUAUUUCAGUAUUUUGGUUUUUUAAUUUUUUCGCUUUACAUUUUAUUACAACAACUUGUAACUUUUUUAGAAUUUUAUCCGUCUGUUGCCUUGCCGUUUGUUUAUUAACUUCGGCAGUUUUAGUAGCCUUUCUUUAUCUGCACAUUUAGGAGAGAAAGCUGUUUUGAGUACAAAUAGGUUAAUUUGUCAGGAAAAGACGACGAGUGUAACGGCAAUCUAAACAUGGAAAAGGACAAAAUCCUUAGCGCUUAUUACUCAUACUCCGCCAGUGAUCCUUUGCAGCCCGAAGACAUCGACGGGAGUCUUCUCACGCACCUGAUUGUCGGAUGGUCGACGAUAGAUUCUACGGGACACCUGACAUUUUCUUCAGACUACGAUGACGGUUUCAGGCGCUGCGUGCUGCUGCGACAGAAGUUCCCGCAUCUCAAAGUGAUGUUGACGUGUGGCGGAGGUGGACCGGAAUUUUCCAAUGCCGCGCACAAUCCAGUCUUGCGGGCUAUGUUUAUCCGCUCCGCGCUAGACGUUCUCGACCGAUUUGGAUUUGAUGGUCUGGAUAUUGACUGGGAAUUCCCUGUCUGGAGAAGUCGAUCGUAUGAUCGACAGAGUUUUAUCGAGUGGCUGCGGGAUAUUCGAGUGGCGUUUGAUGCGCAUAAAUCUCCUUUAUUGCUGACAAUUGCAGCUGCGUCCCCAAAGUUAAUUAUUGAUCCUGCCUACGACAUUCCGGCUAUUUCUUCUUGUGUUGAUUUCGUGAAUCUGAUGUGCUAUGAUUUCAACUUGUUCACCUACUACAAUAUCUGGGCCAGCCACAAUGCUCCGCUUUACAAACGCCCGGAACAAGCGGGCUUUUUUUCCACAAUGAACACGGCAUGGGCAGCAGAGUACUGGGUGGAGAAGGGACUUGCCAGGGAAAAAUUAGCUGUUGGUGUUCCUACCUACGCUCGCAGCUGGAAGCUGCUUUUCCCCUGCUGGCACAGCUACAACGCGGUCUGCACCGGUCCGGGUGUGGAUAACGGAUUUCUGACUUAUCCGAAAGCCGUGGACAUCCUAACUAACGGAGGGACAAGGAUUUUUGACCAGAACGCUUGUGUUCCUUACAUGUACCGAGGAAGGCAGUGGAUUUCGUAUGAAGACGAGGAAAGCAUCCAGUUGAAAGCGCAGUGGAUACGAAAGCAUCAAUUUGGCGGUGCUAUGGUGUUCUCCUUGAAUCAAGAUGACUUUAAGGGAGUCUUUUCAUCGUCGGGAGAGCCGUUUCCGCUUACCAGAAUAUUGUCUUCUAUCGUGAAAAAAUGAAAUUUACUUGACUGUUAUUGUGUAAUUUUUUUAUUGUUUUUAUACUUUCCUGUAACACGAGUUUGUUCCCUGUUGCAAACUGAAUUGACGAUUUCGGGACUAGGUUCGAAAGUAUCUGUAUUCUGUACAUUCCAGGAAGUGUUGGUUUUUGCAUUUCAUGGAAUUGUUUUAAAGCAUAUGUCGCCGAAAUUUUCCCUAAAGAAUUUGAAUCUUUAUCUAACGAGUAGACUGAUUGACUGGUGCAAAUUGUAAUGCAUAGAACCAGAAAAUCAGUUGUAAAACUCAUCAGCAAUUUUUGUUAGAUAAAAGAUCUAUGCUUUA